ACUGAUGGAAAACCGAGGGGGACGCCACUCCGCGUUAACACACUAAAACGCACAAAAACGAGCUCGAAAAGCAUCAACGCUACUCAUCGUGCCGAGUUUUCACAUAACGCCACCUAAAAGCAAGUUAUCGCAAGUUAACGCGCGUUAAAGCGAGUUAAAGCGGUCAGCGUCUGCUCGACUUUUGAACAAAGCGAAAACGAUCUUGCAUCCCUGCUGUCAUAGCUCGAGCAGUUUUUCGAUCAAGUUUGGCAACUCGGUAUUUGUUUUGAUAAGUUUUCAAGCAGUUUCCGCAGAAGGAAAACAAAAACAAAGCAGGUCGCGAUUUUUGUUGGUCAAAGGUCGGAAAACUUUACACCGAUGGGAUGACCGGCGUUUUGCUACAACGAGGCAAGCAGCAACUGGACCCGAAAUGGACCGGCAAGCUGCAACUUGGGGGAGAAAAAGUUCAAGUCUACGCCCUGAGUGUCAUUCCGGUGUCGGCGCUCAAUCGAUGGAAGGCACCAUUUUGGUGCGACUCCCCGUCCAACAAUGAGCUGCGAGAGGAGAACCGAGAGUUUAAGGCGGCGGCUGUAGGGAGAAGUGUCCAACGAAACCAAUGGCACAGUGGAGAAGUGUCCAACGAAACCAAUGGCACAGUGGACGGCGCCGUUUGGUGUUUUUUCAGGGUGCAAGCAAACUAGCUCCCAACAAAUGACGUCGACGAGCGGCUUAGCGUGUGGCUUGUCUGGACCACACAUCGGCGAGUUUUGCUGUAACCUGUAUGGGAAACCGGUGCCGUUGGAGUGGACAGGUCCAUUCAGAAGAAGAAAAUGCGCCACAGUUUGACACAUUUGGCGAGAAGAAGAUUAAUAAAGUUCUAGGAGGAGUUUCGGAGGACUUUUUAUUCCAGCGCUUAUUAGCUUUGUAGGUCUAAAUGCAGUGGUCAAAAGCCGCCGCUUCUGCCCGCCGCUUGAGGGGCAAAGGGGACGACUACUAGAAAAGCUUUGAAUACUUUAUUGAAUGUAAAGCCAUUUCGAAAUAAUAAAAAAUGGUAACGAAAACCAAGCCGCGGCUUGUUACAAUUUUCUUCUCUGUAAAGACAAUCCCAGCGUACGUAAUACCACUUCCGGCAGCUCGAUGCAGACGCUUCCUCUACCGUGGAUAUUCUGGUGUAUCUGCUUGGUUGUGUUGGUGCUUUGACAGGACAUCCGAUCCGUGCUCGGAUAUUGCUACUACAAAUACAGCUCAGACGGAUUUUUUGGCACCGUGUGAAUCGACCAGAACCUAGAAAAGAACCCACACCAUCAGUGGCCUCAACACCUUUCGUGUGACCUUGCCGCCCCCAGUUUUGCCCUCAGCAGGUUUAUAAUCGCACAGCAUCGUUGGCAUACCCUUUGCACCCAACGCCGGUUCCAUCGUGCAACCCGGAACACUUUCGUUUUCCCGGAAGCUACCAACUCGCUAGAGCUGGCCGCUAGUGUCCCUUUUGACCAGCAUAACGCGGCAAGAAUCUUGCUUCCUCCACUCCGGGCGCCACCGUUUUUUUACCCCUAUCCGUCCGGGUGACGGAGAAAAAUUCAGCAAAACAAACUGCUCGACUGAUUUGACAACGAGAACUGUCAUUUGCUCUUGACAGUUCUCGCUGUCAAAAAAAUUGAGUAGUGUGAUGCGAGAACGCAAGAAAAGGUAAGCCUAAAAGCAAGUUAUCGCGGUUAACGCGCGUUAAAGCAAGUUAAAGCGGAAAGGUGAAAAUGAACGCUGAAAAGGUUUGAAAAGGAAGCUUUAUCGCUCGGUUAGCGCGGAAGUGACACCCCCCUCGUGGAAAACUGUCUUUUAUUUUUUAAAUAACGAAAAUCUAGAGUUUUUUUUGAAAAGGUCCUAUGAGCUAUUGUGUUUCAUAUGUUUAUAAGACCUAAUAAAAAAAAAGUCUGGAAAUGUUCAAAAAGUAACAGCAAAUUCUCAAAACUUCAAUUGAUAGAUGUAGUUUUUUGCCUUUUAAAUUAAAAUGAAGUUAUUUAUUUUUUAAAUAACUUUUUUUAUACAUUUGGCCCGCAAGCUCAUUUGAGCUUCAAAUUUGGCCCGGCAUCCAAAAACUUUGAGCACCCCUGUUUUACUUCCUCAUCCGAUGGAAGAUUGGAGCAGAUGGGGAUCGAACCCAGAAUCAUUC